AGCCUACCGCAGAGAAAACAGCGGACGCGGCGAGACUACAUCUGUCGUAGGGAGCUCGCGCCGGGGGUUACGGAGACCGUUUGUGAUGCUUGAAGCCCCUUCGUUACCCCCGGGAGUCGCAUCCGAUGCUCAACUUGAGGAUCUCACGCUGCGACUUGAAGGCGGACGCGUAUUGAAGUUCUCAUGCAACGGAUUCCGGUGUUUAGGGUUGCGGCGGCCUGGUAGCUUUGACGCCUACUCGCACGAAGAAAAACGCACUAGGGAAGACGCCGAAGGCAACCGACGAGAGUCGUCAUUUUCGCCGCGGCUGUAUCACCUGCUUGGGUCGAACUUAGUCGCUUGGUUUUGAGGCGCCUCAAAUCUAGACUCCUCUCACGAACAACGCAGAGAGUCGUCGUUUUCGCCGCCGCGGCGGCUGUAUCAUCUGCCUGGGUUGAACUUCAACUUAGUCGCUUGGAGGCCCGGCCUCCGAAUCUGACACCUCGCUUGGGGCCUUAAUACACCGCUGAGUAAACUUAGCCAUUUCGAGGGCCGACCUCCGAAUCUGACGCCUCGCUUGGGGCCUUAAUACGGGUAAACUUAGUCAUUUCGAGGGCCGGCCUCCGAAUCUCGGGGCCUCAAUACUCCGCUUUUCCCGUGAUGGUGUCAGCUCGCGAUUGGACGACGCCGGUGACUCGGGGAGUGCUUCUGUGUGGUAUCAUGCUGCUGACGUCAUGGGGAGGGCUGACCGCUCCCGUGCAGGGACAGACGAUUGACAAGAGCCAGUUGCAAGCACUGUGGGACAUGCAGACGUCAUGGGGACAGACUUUCGACCAAUGGGACACCGACGGUGACUGCAGCGUCGCAUACAACAUAUCUUGCAACGCAAAGGGCAUGGUGACGUGGAUCGAGCUCACGGGGCUGAAUCUGGGAGGGCCUCUCCCCACCACCAUCGGUGACUUGGUGAAUCUCUCGCACCUGACGUUGGAUGCGAAUGGCAUCACGGGCUCCAUCCCAUCCACCAUCGGCCGACUCACUGCCCUCACCUGGUUCUCCAUGGUUCGCAACAGCCUCACUGGCAGCUUCCCCAAGACGUUCACGAGCCUGGUCAACUUGAAGGACGUCUCUAUUUAUCUCAACCAGCUCAGCGGGCCGCUUCCUGAUUUCAGUGUCCUCCCCAACUUGGUCCAAUGGGGGUCGUCGGGCAACAAUCUCACAGGGCCGCUUCCUGCUCGCAUUGGCAACUGCAAACACAUGAAGGCGAUCUACCUGCAAGAGAAUCGCUUGGCGGGCGUCAUUCCAGACUCUAUCUCGAGCCUAGUGGAGCUCACCCACCUUGAUCUUUCCUACAACAGCCUCUCUGGCACCCUGCCUUCCAACAUCGGCAGUCUGCAAUGGCUUGAAACCCUGUCUUUGCGGAAGAAUCGCAUUGGUGGAAUCAUUCCAGAUUCUAUAACGAGUCUCAUAAGCCUGUCAGAACUGGAUCUCUCAAACAACCAGCUCUAUGGCAACCUGCCGUACAACAUCAGUAACCUGCAGAAACUUGUAUACAUCAACAUAGGCAACACGGACAUGGAUGGAAGCUUGCCUGAGACGCUUGCCACAAUGACCAACCUCGAGACCCUGUCAUAUGACAGUCUCCUGGUGUCCUGCCCGACGGGGAAAUGCAGUGUGGUCGCAGUUAACACCACCACCUUUUGCUCUGACUGCCCUGGCUUCUGUGCCUCCUGCCCCACUGCUCUAGCCCCAGCCUCCGCCCCAGCCCCUGCACCCCGCCCCCAUUCCCCCCCGUCCUCCCCUUCUCCCUCACCACCGUCCCCCUCUCCGUCCCCACCAGCGGGAGGGGGAAGCUUUCCCCCCCUGGCCCCCCCUUCAGGGGAGGGGGGAGGGGUGUCGACAGGGGUGGUGGUGGGGGUGGUAGUGGGAUCUCUGGUGCUGUUGCUUGCAGUGGUGGGUGUGCUUGUGGCCUUGUGCUUGUAUCAGAAGAAGCGCAAGGAGAGGGCAGCUGCAAAUGAAGACGCAUUGAUACCAGGAUCAAUGCAAUGUCAGCGCUACCCCCUGGCGGACGUGGUACGCGCCACGGACAACUGGGCGGAGGGCAACAGGAUCGGCAGCGGCGGGUUUGGGGAUGUGUUCAGGGGCGUGUCGCCGCAGGACCCAUCUGUGGUGUGGGCGGUGAAGCGCGCUACAGUAAUCACCAAAGACUUUCGCCGAGAGAUCAACGAGAUGGCGUCGAAGCACCACCCCAACCUUGUGCGUCUGCUGGGUUACUGCAUCGACGUGGACGUGGCGGCUGAGAGCACGGAGCAGAUCCUCAUCUACGAGUUCAUGGACAACGGGGACCUCGAGAGGUGGAUCGGGCCAGGUGUGGCUGUUCCUCUGACCCUGCGGCAGCGCUUUGACGUGCUCAUAGGGGUGGCUCAGGGCCUGCAGUACCUCCACAGCUUCAACAUCGUGCAUCGCGACAUCAAGCCCGCCAACAUCCUGCUUGACAAAAAGAUGCAGGCCAAGGUGGCUGACUUUGGGCUUGUGCGGAUGGGCGAAGGCACCACUGUAGAUGCGACGCGAGUGAUGGGAACACCUGGCUAUGUGGACCCCGCCUACUUCAAGUCACAGAAGGCCACUCCCAUGGCCGAUGUGCACAGCUUUGGCGUGGUGAUGCUGACAGUCAUCACCGCUCGCAAGGCUCUGGACACCUUGGAUGACAGCCAGAUCAACCUCAAGAAAUGGGUGCAACCCCUGGUGGACGCAGGCGAUGCCGAAUCCAUCAAGGACCCGCGUCUCGACGCCCCGAGCGAUGUCAUCCUCCGCCUCGCCCGCCUCGCCCUGUCCUGCACCGCCACGCCUGUGGCGGGUCGCCCCUCCAUGGCACGCAUUCUCUCUGACCUCAUGGCCAUGAAGGAGGAGUUCCUGGGGGCGGAUGUGGACCCCAUGCUGGCGAAUAUCGACACCGAUCUGGCAGAGAGGAUGGGGUCGAGCAUUUCGCAGGAGAUUCGGCGGGCCAACGAGGUGGCUUCGGAGCGGGAGGGAGCGUCGGGGCUGAGCAUUGCGAUUGGGGCUGUGGAGUCGUACAACAGCCUUGGGGACUGAUGUGCGUUUGAGGUGUAGCAGUGGGAUUGGGAAGAGCUCUGGGAUCCUUGGGAAAGAUGACCUUUGAGUCGACUCAAAAGUGAAUGGGGUGGCUUCGCAGCGGGAAGGAGUGCUGGGGCUGAGCAUUGCGAUCGGGGCAGUGGAGUGGCACAGUAGCCUUGGCAACUAGCGUGCAUUUGAGGUGUAGCAGUGAGGUCGUCUCUCCGACCGCAUGGCCAUGUAGGAGGAGGUUCUAGGGGCGGACGUGGACCCUUACAGAUUAGACCCUUCCGGGGGUGGAGGUGGUCCGUACGUAUGCUGGUCCCUACCUGUACCUGGUGGAGAGGAAGGGGCCGAGCUUUCUUUUGAGUCGACUCAAAAGCAGAGGUGGUCCCUAUGCUGCUCCCUAUACUUGAUUAAUGGAGUCCUCAAGCUGCUUUGAUGAAUGAGAGUUUUGUAAUGUUGGAGUUUCUGGUCGGAGGGUUGGGAGUAGAGGAGGAUCCGCCUUUGAGCCAUGUUGGGCUGAGAAAAGCCCUUAGGAUCUUUCCAGUUGUAGAAUGAGACUUGAGUAGUGCAGCGGAAGUUGAGUAGUUGAACCCUUGUACUAGUAUAUGAGAACAAGUGAUUGA